UAUAAGUCUCCGGAAAUUCUGACUGCAUAAUUUGCUCGCAUUCUAACUGAGUGUAAAGCUGAUGAAAACAAACUUGAACGAAGUUAUACGGGUAUAUUGUUGCUUAUAUCAUUUCUGCUGUAUCAGUUCGCUGCGUAGCUUACUCAGCAUAUUUUUAUUACGAGGAUGUAAAAACAUUAUAAAUAUGCUUAUGUAGCCUUGUAUUGUACAAUUAAUAUUAAUUUAACUUGAAUUUUUGUAUGACAGGCGAGUUAACUUUGAAAUUUUAGUUAGAACAUAUCUGACACGCUUUCAGUAUUACCAUCCAAAUAACGUAAAAGUAAAAGUUAAUCGCUGGUGUUCUAUCGUCAACUUUUACUUUAGUUCUAGUGGUUUUGAAAAAAAACAACAACAAAAAACUUAACGACGUUAAUAACAGUAAUAUGUUAAUCCUAUAAGUUAUAUCUAACAAAACAUGCAACGCACAGAAAUGAAGCGAACGGGUGGCUUUUUUAAAGAUAUGUUUGAAGGUCUCAAGUCAUCUGUAGGCCUAAGUCAGUCUGUGAAAUAUGAAAGUGAAAUUGAAGAGACGUUACAAAAAGAACAUUUUCAAGCGUUAAAGACUGUUCGACAUGGGUUUCCAUUCCAACCAACUGCUGUGGCUUAUGAUCCAAUUCAGAGGAUAUUAGCCAUUGGAACAAGAACUGGAUCGGUGAAAAUACUUGGAAAACCAGGAGUUGAUUGCCACGUCCACCAUUUUAUUGAUUCGGCAGUCAUUCAGAUUUUAUUUCUUAUCAAUGAGGGUGGUUUGAUCAGUGUAUGUUCUGAUGAUACUUUACACUUAUGGAACUUGCGACAGAAAAGACCAGAAAUUCUUCACUCGCUCAAGUUUCAACGAGAAAGAAUUACAUAUUGUCAUUUGCCAUUUCAAAGUAAAUGGUUGUACAUUGGUACAGAACGAGGAAAUGUUUAUACUGUGAACAUCGAGUCAUUUAUUCUUUCUGGAUAUGUCAUACAUUGGAAUAAAGCCAUCAAAAUAUCUCAGAAAACUCACCCUGGAUGUGUUGUUCAUCUGAGUGAAAACCCUGUAGAUGCAAAUAAGCUCUUGAUAGCAUUUGAAACAGGAACUGUAGUCUUAUGGGACUUGAGAAACAGAACAGUGGAUAUGAGAUUAGAAAACACUGAGCAAGUAAAGUCUGUAUCAUGGCAUCAUGAUGGAAAGCAACUGAUGUGCAGUCAUGCAGAUGGAAGUCUUAGCACUUGGAACAUCAAAAUGCCAAUGAAGCCCACCACAGUCAUGCAUCCUCAUUCUGGCAACAAGGGAAAACCUGAAUUUUGUAAACCAAUUUAUAAGGUAGAGUGGAAAACUGUUAGAAGAAGGCCUCAGGUAUGGGUGAUGCAAUGGUGGAUUUACCUGCUUUUAUAUGCUGGGAGAUUGAAUGUUACAUGGGACAACCUUUGUCCCCACACCCAGGCUCCCCCAAAACUGGCUGAUCCUGUGCAGGCCACCGAGGACUUCAAUUCUCUUUUUCCACCUCCAGAUUUUGCCAUUCCUUCCCUUUCCCAACCUAAUGAGUCUACUAGGCUUAAUGCAGUUUUUAUGGAUUUUGUGUCUCAGAUUUUUUCAGACUUUCAGGAACCUUAUGCUGUUGUAGUGGUUCUAAAUGAUGAACUAGUUGUGGUAGACUUAACAACUGAAGGAUUUCCUUCUUUCCUGAACCCUUAUCCCAUGGACCUACAUGAAUCUCCUGUUACUUUUUGUACAUACCUUACAGACUGUCCGAUUGAUCUCAUCCCAGCUCUUUUUUCUGUAGGCUCCAAAAAAAAAAAGCAUUCUGGGUUUUCAAAGAAAGAAUGGCCAAUUUCUGGUGGAGAAUGGGGAACAGGGGCAGAUAACUAUACAGAACUCAUCAUAACUGGACAUGCUGAUGGCUCCUUAAAGUUUUGGGAUGCCUCCUCAGUUUCCCUUCAGUUUCUAUACAAAUUGAAGUCUUCCAAAGUUUUUGAACAACCAAAGGCAGAAAAUACAGAUUACCAGGAAGAUGAGCCAUUUGCUAUUGAACAGAUUUGUCUUUGUUCAGAGAGCAGAAUUCUGUGUGUAGCUGGAGCGUCCCCUACUGACAAAAGUAAUUUAGAAAAGGAAAGAGUUUAUGUGAGAACUAUGUAUGAAAGAAAUCCAAAAAUGUUAUAUCUCAAGCUAUUUGAUCUUAAAAGCACAAAAGCUGAUGGCGCUGUUCAGGCCUUAUAUGAAGCCUUUCAAAGGUCAGGAACUAUCUACAGACUGAAAGAAUCCAUUCUGCUUGUAGAUUUCCUUGAUAGUAAUGGUGUUCUCAUCCCCCAUCCUUCAGGGUUUUGGAAGGAUGUUGAUUAUAACAACAAAGAAAAUUGUGACCAGAUGUUAACUCAUACCAUUGAACAUGAUUUUUUUUUACAAGCUACCAUGGACAACUUUUCCAAGAACACAGAUUUCCUAACUCCUUUACCUUCUGAAGUCUGUGAUAAUCAGUUUGUGAUAAUGGUUUCUGAAAAGCAAGCUUGGGUGGUGUCUCUCCCAUCACAAUCUUGUAUGAGCAGAAAUAACUUAACAGAUACAUCAUUUGUUGUUUGUGCAAAAGUUAUGACACUAAAAUCUGUGGGUAAAGUGUGUUUAGCAUGCUUCAUAGGCAAUGGAAAUAUUGUGGUCUACAGUCUACCUAAUUUGAGGCUUUUCUAUGAAGUCUGUUAUUUGUCUAUGAUGGAUCUGAGGAUUCUUAAGACGUUCUCUUUUGGUACUAAUGGCCUUGGCUUAUACCUUUGUUCUGCUUCAGAAAUCCAAAAGUUUACCAUAUCUUCAUCUUUCUGGGAAAUCCUACAAGAUAUGUUAAGUACGGUCUUUGUACCCAAAGAUAUGCCUGAGCCUCCUAGAAAAGGCUUCUUCAGAGGAUUAUUUGGUGGAGGACCUAGUUCCCUUGAUAGAGAAGGACUGUUUGGAGAGAAGAGUGGCAAUGCUUCAAGAAGUGUGGCACAUCACAUUCCAGGAAAUAGUAGCUUAGAACAUGUGAAAGCACAAACAGGUUCACUGGCUGGAGAACUGGCACGUGCCAGAUUGGGCUUGACAGAGAGAGGAGAAGCUUUAAAUCAGCUAGAAGAUAAAACUGCCAAGAUGAUGUCUGAAGCUGAGUACUUCUCUAACACAGCCCACAAGUUGAUGUUAAAAUACAGGGAUAAGAAAUGGUAUCAGUUCUGAUCUGUAUUUUCUAAGCUCCGUAGUAAGAAGUAAUCUACUUGCUGGUUCUUCAACAGCAGCAAUGGCUCCAGCCAUACAUUCAGUAGCUGAGAAAACAACUUGAAGUAACAUGAUCAUCAUUUCACUGUCAAAAGAAAAUUCAACCUAUACAAGUAUUCAAUUUAGAGGAAAACCUAGUUAUAAUUUCAUCUAAAACUGCCAUACGUAGGUUGAUAUCUUAGCCAGAAUUAGUCUUUGUCUACACACCAGAAGAAAUUUUUACUUACAUGUGUGAGAACGUUUAUCUUAAAUAGUUUUGUUGGAAUUAAAAUAGAAUCUCUUUUCAACUAAUGACAGUAUUCUAGGUGGUGCUGCCUCAGUACUCUUUAUAUUAACACUUGAACUCUUUAUCUUUAAAACAGUUAUGGAUAAUUUGCUCUUGUUUGUUUGAAAUUGAGUAAUAUUUAUAAAAGAAUAACAUUUGACAUUUAUUACACUUGAAUUGAUGACAUUUGUAGAUUUAUUCCUUGUUGCAGAUAUAGAAGACUUAAUAUACAUAUAGAUACUUUAUAUAAGAAUAACUGAGUUAGAAAUGAAUUUCCGAUAAGGUACUCUUCCAUCCUCUCACAAGAUUAGCUUUUCUCCUUUGUGCUGCCCUUUGUAUGCAAACUUUUUCAGAAAUGCAUGCCACAAGCCUUCAUCAUCACUCUGUUGGAACACAUCUCUUAUUCAAAUCAUCAUGCAUCACCUCUCCACUAUCACAUGAUGCAUGUGACUCCCUCUAUGUGCCACUACCAAACUGUCACUUCUUAUUUGUGGAGUUAAUAUUUUAAUAUAGCAUUAUUUCCUCGUGUUUCCCGUUUAUGAAUUCCAAAGUUACAGUCACCACUUCCAGUAUUUUGCCAGGAUCUGAUGGCGUAUUUUCAGACGCAGGCGACCCCUCGGGAGAUAUAUCGUCACUUAUUCCACCAGAGCCUUUUAGAUCCGGGCCAGGAUGAAGACGAUUUUUUCCUUUAGUUCCCCCCACACACACUAGAGUUUGCUGCGUCUUCCCAUUCACCACCUGAUGAUUCAGCUCAUCCAUCAUCAGUCUUUUCAGACUUAUCUCUCUGGUAUGUGAAGUUUUGUCUCUUACACUUGUUUCCUAUGACCCUAGACCUUCUCUCUUACAUCAAACAACUUCUCUACCCUAUUUAGUAUUUCCCCCAUCCCCUGAUAUUUAGCUCAUGUGGAACGAUUUGCCUCUCAACUGGGGGAGGGCAUUUAUUAUGCCUCGUUCUCAAUGGACUUUGGAUCAGUCCGCCCUUGCUUAUCAUCGGGCGGACUUUUCCUUUCUCAACUAACUGUUGUUGGGGUUGGUUCUUCCUGUUUGGGGGGUGAACCAAGAUUACCCUGUCCAACAUAACCAAGUUCAGUUUUCUCACUUUCACCCUCAUAACCCUAUUAAUUUACCUUUCUUCCAUUCACCUUCUGUCAGAGGCUCUUCACAGGAAAUUUCUGCUGAAAUCCUUUCCAUCCUUACUUCUACUUUGUCCUGUUUGCCGUCUCCAGCUCUCCUGCUUCAAACAUGGUUGGUUUGUUGUUGGGACCUCUUGGGCCAUAAUGCGGUUUUGGCACGGACCUGUCUCCAGGCUCCUUAUCUGAGAGAUAGUGGAAUUUUUGCAACAUUAUGUGUUUGACUUGGUCCCUGAGUUUUUGGAAUCUUGGGUAGCCUCGGCCCAUCAACAUUCUACCUUUACUAACUUGGUAGCUCGUUUGUCACAUUCUGGGCCAAGUGCAGCACCAGUUCCUGUCCCUCGACCUUCCCCUUCCCAACCUCUUCCUGUCCCAUCCUCCUGUGGUGCCACGGUUUGACAAUUUACUCGAUGACACCCAAGUUGCCAACAGCAGUACCAGUGACUACAUGGUUGGUUUGGAUCCCAGUGGAGACUCAUCUCUUGAAUUUCGUUUAUCAGUGGAGUCCUUCCUUGCCUCACCAAUGUUUGGAUUCACAGAGUGCUCUUAGAGGGAAACAUUAUCCUCUUUCUCUCCCGUCCUCCCUUAUUCAGUGUUACAUUCUCUUCUCCUCAGGAUUCCUCGACACAACAGCAUAUGUCAGAGGCAGUUCAGAACCUCAUUGCACAACAAGCUAUUGAACCAGCUCCACCAGCUUCAGAGGGUUUUUACUCCUGCCUAUUUGUUGUUCCCCAGAAGACCAGGUACUAGCCUCUUGUCUCAAUCAGUUUGUUCACAUUCCUUGCUUUAUCAUGUAGACAUACCUUUCUCUUUGGUGGGACUUUUCUCCAGGUCUUUGAAUGACGAAGCUGGAUGUUUCCAAUUUAUAUGGAUGACUUUCUUCUUAUUGCUCGUUCUAAAUGGGAAUUGGCCUGUCACACUCAUCAGCUCCUGGCCAAAGCUGCAAGGGUGGACUGGUUGGUCAAAUUCAAGAAGUCUUUCCUUUGUCCUACCCAAUAUCUUAUCCAUUUGGGUGUUUUUUACAACACUCAUGUCAGUCAGGCUCAACCUUUUCCUCUUCUAUGGAACAGGCUGGUCGGAAAUCUCUGUAUGUUUCCUCUCUUACAGCUCGCAAGGUUCUAUCGCUUUUAGGGAUGUGGCCCUCCAUGACCCUCUCAUACUCCUGGGCAGGGCCCAUAUGCGGUUUCUUCAAUGGGCCCGUCACAAUUAAUGGAACCUCACCCAGGAUCCCUUGGAUAUUUCUAUACUUCUUCCCUCAUCCCUUGCAGAUUAUCUCCAUUGGUGGUUGAACAGGGCCCACAUGUUGGCAGAGAUCCCUCUUCCUCCUCCAUUGUUAGUAUUACAUCUGUUCAUGGAUGCAUCCCUUCAGGGUUGGGUGGAUCACCAGGAUGUUUUGGGUUGUUGGUCUGUGGAGGAGAGUUAUCUUCACACUAAUGUUCUCAAACUCCUGGCUGUUCAUCAGGCUUUUGAUCAUUUUCUUCCUCCUCCCGGCUGGUUAUGAUCCAUUCCGAAAAUUAUACCGGGGUGGCUUAUAUCAAUCAGCAACGUAGCACCAGGUCCAGAUCCCCGAGUUUUUGCAUUAUGGAGGUUCUUUACUGGGCGUAUGCUUUCAAUUUCAUAGCCGAUCAUCUUUCCUGACCAGAUUGUGUUUAUACCUGCAUCCUGCUGUUUUUCAUGGCUCUGUCUGCAUCUGGGUAUGCCCCAUAUUGAUGCUUUUGCCACUGCCCUCAAUCACUUAUUUCCUCAGUUUGGUCCCCAGUUACUUUAUAUUUAUCCUCCCAUCUGUUUACUUCAUAGGGUGGUCUCCCUCAUCCAUUCCACUCUGUACAUGGUCCUUCUGAUUGCUCCUUACCAGCCUGUUCUACCUUGGUUCCUUCAGUUGCUCCAACUGCAGGUGAUUCCUCACCUUCUUCCUCCUUUCUGUCAAAUCCAGUCACCAGCGCUCCAUCCGUCCUCUGUCUUCACGCCUGUCUUUUGUCAAGUCCCUGGUGAGGUGUUCUGGUUUCUCUAGUAGAGUAGCUUCACAUUUAACCCAUUCCAUUGCCCUACUUCUUUGGCUAUCUAUCAAUGCAAGACCUUUCCAUGUUGAUCUGUUCCUACCAGCUCCGUCGGCCACCAAGGCUUCCAUUGCUCCCGGACUGGGACAUUAAUGUGGUCCUUCAUGCCCUCACUUUACCUCAGUUCGAAACUCAGUCUAUGUGUUCCCUGUUUCACCUCUCUUCAAAGGCAUAUUUCCUCUUCUUCCUGGCCUACAGGUGUUGUAGGUCAGAUAUUUUGAAUAUUGACAUUACCAGGACCUUGUACCACUUCUCCUACCUUAUUCUUUAAUUGAAUCAUGCUUUUCUGAGACCUCUGCAGCUUGAGAACAUCAGUCUUCCUUUUCCCCUAUCUGACUAUUCUCUAUAUCUCAUCUCUACCCUCGUCCUGAUCUGAAUAGACUCCUCUGUCCUGUCCAUACUUUCCAUUGUUAUAUUGCUUGCACAGCUUCUUUCCAGGGUCAACAUUCCUGCCUUUUUAUCCCUUGGCAACCUUCCUCUUCAAGUGAUCUUUCCCCGGUUUCCCUUACCAAUUGGGUUCAAUGUUUGAUCCAGUUGGGCUAUUCCUCCUAAUCUCUCGUGAUCUCUUUCACGUUUCCUCACAUCAAAUCUGUCACCUUGCAUCUUGUCUUCAUCGGCCAUCGGAGGAGAUUCUAUGAUUGGGCAUGUCUACACAAAUUCAUUUUCAACUAUCUACAUCACAUUACUGUUUCUGCUUCCUCGGGGUAUUGCCUGCUGUCUAUGGCUAUUCUGUAGACUUUGGCAUGGCUGUGACACAAGGUACGUCUAUACUAAUGCUUUCUUUUUUUUCAGGGGCCUCUGCCUCAGCUUCACUUUAGACCCUGUUCUAUGGUAAGUAGUGCCUGACCAGGUAUUCUGUCUGUACUUGGAAUGGGUUCCAUUAAGAUGGCUAUAACCAUUCACAGACAUCUUUAUAUCAAAUCCACACUGUAAGCCAUGUUGAUUCUUAUACAUUUUUCAUGGCUAUGUAUGCUUAUCCUUGAGAUGAGGUGCUUCACAAGAUCACUAAAGUGUACAUUCCUAAUGAUAAUUGCAUCAUAAUAUGCCCAUUCCGGACUGUACCACCCAUGGACGUCAUGAGUAAAGCAGAAGGGGAUUGCUGCUUUACCCUGCCAUGCCUAGGUUGAAUAAAUCAGUGUGGUCUGCUUUUCAAAAUAGGGUUUCAUGAUUACCCAUUGCACUAUCUUGAGUGUUGCAGCCUCUCUGGACUCUCUACUGCAUUCCCCCCCCCUUUCUUCCAGUGGAGUACUAGAGUCUUUACCAGUUCCAAGCUGCUGGGAUGGUUGAUCAUGAAGGCUACCUACUGAACGGUUUCCAUAAAGAUGGCUAUAAGUGUUCAGUACAGAGUAAGGUGGUGGUGUUCUGCUGGUGUAGAAAGAGUUACAAGAUACUCCAGAUGAAUAACUAAUUCCCGGAGUUGAGGCACCCAAAUGCAAUUCACCCCUCUGAUUGGGUGCCCUCCUCCUACCCUUGUGUGGAUGUCGGUACCCAGUGAGUGAGGUAUUGGAGAUCAAGUGAACCAAUCACAAGUCCUCACACAGGUUUUGAGUUGUCCAUAUCCCCUCUCAACUUGUCUUCUGUGUUAUGGGUCAUAGGAGGUCUACAUGACCUGUUUCCCCUUCUGUUCUGGGAUUUACCUCAAUGGGUGGCAAUGUUGUUACUGACCUGGGUUCAUUUCAGGCUGGUUUCACGGUUGCGGGGGUUUAGUGCAAGCAAUGGACUUAUCUCAGAUUCUGGAUGACACAUUCCUAGAUCCCUAGCAUUAGGCUACCCUGUGAGUUCCUAGUCAAAUGUUAGGUUAUAGAGUAUGAUCCUCAUCUUACUUUCACGAGGAUAUCGGUAUCCAGCGAGUGAGGUUUUGAUGUAGUUGACUUACCAAGUAUGGUCCAUCAUGCCCUAACCAAUCUAAGACAUGGAACACAUUGUUAUUUGCCCACUUUUCAUUGUGCAGUUGAGUGAUUCUAAUUUCUGUUUAAGAUCACAUUGCUAAACUAUCCUCUCCCACAUGGAUGUGCUCCCGUUAAUGUUGGCUACGUCUGGUCUUCCUGAUCAUGUUGAUAUUCCUGGUGAAGAGAUACCUGGCUAAGAUGUGAUAAUCCUCAGAUAAUAUGAUCUGUUCCUCCCAUAUCGGGGGUGUCCUCUGGAUGCUUUCGGGGGAUAUGCCUGUGCUUCCCUCGCACCACUCCCUCCUCCAUUUCAUGUGAGUGGAGGGUGAGUACCUUAUCGGAAGUUAUAUUUUCCUAAAUGUAAAUGUAUUUCUGAUAGGUACUUCCCUCCGAUCACACUUCCCACCCGUCCUCCCCACAAUCUUCCAGUGCUCGCGUCUUCUGACAAACUUUGAAGUGAUAGUUUGGUAGAGGGAGUCCCAUGCAUCAUGUGAUAGUAGUGCGCUCCUAUUGGUGGAGAGGUGACACAUGAUGAUUUGCAUGAUAGAUGUGCUGGAACUUUGAACAGGGGGGUGAUGAAGGCUUGGAGCAUGUGCUUCUGUAAAAGUUUGCAUACAGAGGACAGCACAAGGUGAGAAAAUCUAAUAUUGUGAGUGAAGGGAAGUAUCUAUAGGAAAUACAUUUUCAUUUAGAAAAGUUAUACCUUUUAUUCUCUCAGUGUUGAUGUAUGAAUAAUUGACUUCUGAUGGCUUUGAAGAUGUAUUGUGUUUAUGUAUCACACAUUCUACUUUGCAAACUAAACGAUUUAUAACAAAUUGCUGAAUUGUUAGGAAUCUUUUAACAUGUAUACAGUCAGUUAUGGACAUAAUGUCUUUGCAUAACCAGCAGGAUAACUAUAUGUCUGGUGCUUUUGGAUAAA